AUGCGAAGUCAACUUCACUUUACGAUACUCUUGUUACUCAGCUGUACAGUACUUGUCAAUGGACACCAUGACCCGACACACCAUGCAAAUCACCCGAAGGCGAUCAGCUUCGGCAACAACGUCCUCGCCCAGCCGUAUGAAGUUGUGGACGAAUGGGAGCUGGUCGACCCGGAUGAGGAGUCAUUUUACUAUGAUGAGGAAGAGGCUGAGCCAGGCUGCCUACCGACCGAGGAUGGCGAGGAGACAUACGAGUGUCCGCGAGAUAAACCGGGCGAGCCGCUGGUCUGCAUACAUCAAUGGCAAUUUUGCGAUCGAAUCCUCGACUGUCCUAACGGGAAAGACGAGCCGCCGUUGCAUUGUCUCUUCAAAGCAGCGUUAGACGAGAAGCUGAUGGAAAGCGGGCAACGGACGCAGAGCCUCUUCCAGCCCCAUCACAGAUUGAGGCAUCAUGCACCGGCCGACAUCCAUGUCGGACAUCACAAGAUUUUUGUCGGAAGGAAGCACGAACCGAAUUCAAGCCGA